GGCGCUCGGCCAGUGUUGCGGAGCAGCCCUGGCCGAGCUGCGCAGCGAGAACAUACACGCACACAUUAUGGACGACAAGCCACUGCUCGAUGACCUCGUCAAUCUGAUUCGGUUGGACGAGGAGUCGAUCCUCGACUCGCUCCGCGCCCGCUUCGACCGGGACCUGCCAUACACGCUCUGCGGCCAGAUUUGCGUGAGCGUCAACCCGUUCAAGUGGCUGCCGCUCUACACGGACGAAAGGGUCAAGGAGUACGCGGCAGCGGACAACCCCUUCUCGGAGCUGCCGCCCCACCUGUACGCCAUCGCCCACGCCGCGCACCGGCGCCUCGUCGCCGCGCUCGAGGCCGGCACGCCGCCGUCGCAGUCGGUGCUCGUCUCCGGCGAGUCGGGAGCAGGCAAGACCGAGGCCACAAAGAUCAUGCUGCGCUACCUCGCCGCGGUCAACUCGGUCCACACAACCUCCUUCUCGACGCGCAUGUUCGGCGCCGCCGCAGCCGCCCCAGCCGACGGGACCCUCUCCGGCCUCACCGAGCGCGUCCUCCGCUCGUCCCCCGUCCUCGAGUCGUUUGGAAACGCGCAGACGCUCCGCAACCACAACUCGUCUCGCUUCGGCAAGUUCCUCAAGCUCAUGUACGGCUCGGACGGCGAGCAAGAGAGCGCCGCCAUCUCGUCCUACCUGCUCGAGCGGUCGCGCGUGGUGAGGCCGCCGGCGGGCGAGGCGAACUACCACGUCCUCUACCAGUUCGCGGGCGGCUGCGAGCCCGAGGCGCCGCCAGAGGGUCGCGGCCCAGCCCGAAGAGGACACGCGCGCGAGGCGCUCGAGGUGCUGUCGACAGAGGCGUACGGCUCCGCGCUGCCGGCGGGGUCGGGGCGGAUGAAGGAGGGGGACGGGCUCCACCGGCCAGAGGCGUGGAAGGAGACAGUGGUUGGCUUCGGGCCGGAGGAGGUCCAGACGCUGCGGCGGAUGCUGUCUGCGGUGCUGCACCUCACCUCGCUCGCCUUCGACGAGGCGACGGGAGGAGGGCGGGGCGGCGGGCGGCGGGCGGGACACGCGGAGGACUCGCACGGGCAGCGGGCGGCGGCUGUGCGCGACACUGCGGCGAGCGGGCGAGCGGCGCGGUGCCUGCAGGUGCCGCAGACUGCGCUCGAGGAGGGCCUCACCUCCCGCACCACGAUCGUCGGCGGCGAGACGCUCGUCAAGGCACUCGACGCAGUGCAAGCCGCCGACGCGGCCGACGCCCUCGCCAAGGCGGUCUACGGCCGCAUGUUCGAGUCGAUCGUCGCGCGGAUCAACCAGCUGGUUGGCGGCAAGGAGGGGGAGCUGCCCUUCAUCGGCAUCCUCGACAUCUUUGGCUUCGAGGCCUUCGAGACAAACUCCUUCGAGCAGCUCUGCAUCAACUUCGCAAACGAGAUGCUGCAGGCGCAGUUCAACGCCGACACCUUCCGCUUCCAGCAGGCCGAGUACGAGGCGGAGGGCGUGCCGUGGCAGCACAUCGAGUACGAGGACAACACGGCGAUCAUCGAGCUGCUCGCGGCGCGUCGGGUGGGCGCCUUUGCGCUGCUCGACGAGGAGUGCCGCCUGCAGACCGGCACGGCCGGCCAGGGAGGAGGCUCGCUGUGGACGGCCGACUCCUUCAUCGAGAAGCUCGCGCGGUCGCGGCCCGCCGGCGACGAGCUCUUCUCUGUCCCAAAGCUGAAGCGCGCCAAGGGCGGCGCCGAGUUCAGCAUCAAGCACUACGCCGGCCUAGUGACGUACGAGACCUCCCUCUUCAUCGUCAAGAACACGGACCCGCUGCUGCCGGAGCUGAGCGAGCUGAUGGGCAACUCCGAGUGCGCGCCGCUCGCCGCGCUGUUCCCGCCCGACGCGAAGAAGGAGAGCGGCGCGAAGAGCCGCGCGCUCUUCUCGACGACGGUUGGCACACGCUUCAAGGAGCAGCUCGGCUCGCUGAUGAGCGCAAUCCAGGCGACGCACGUCCACUACGUCCGCUGCGUCAAGCCGAACCCGAAGAGCGUCUCCGCAGAGUUCGACAAUGCACUCGUCGCCGAGCAGCUGCGCUGCGCGGGCGCGCUCGACGCGCCCCCGCCUACCGCCGGCAUGCUCGAGGCGAUCCGCAUCUCGCGCGCGGCGUACCCGCACCGCCUGCCCUGCGGCGCCUUCCUGCAGCUCUUUGGCGGGCUCGCCGGCGCGGCGGCCGCCAAGGGCGCCACCCCCGUCGACAGGGCGGGCUCGUCCAGGACACGAGCCACCCCCGUCGACAGGGCGGGCUCGGCGGCGGCGGCGCUGCUCCCCGACGGCGGCUACUGCGUUGGGAAGACAAAGGUCUUUCUGCGGCCAGGCGUCAUGCCCAGGCUCGAGGCGCGGCGCACCGUGCGGCGCGCGAUGGCCGUCAUCGCGCUGCAGACAGCCUUCCGCGGCCAGCGCGCGCGAAAGGCGCAUAAGGCCACGCUGCGCGCGACCGCCGCCGUGCAGAUGGCGGUGCGCCGCUGGAUUGCGCGGCGGCGGGCGCGGAUCCGCUGGGCGGCAGUGUUGUGCGUGCAGCGCUUCUGCCGCGGCCGCCUCGCCCGCCUGCGCACGAAGACGCUCCGGCGGGACCGCGGCGUCGUGCUCGUCCAGAGCGUGCAGCGGGGCCGCGCCGCUCGACGCCACUUCGAGCGGCAGCGCGGCGCGGCGGUGACGAUACAGGCGGUAGCGCGGCGCAAGCGCGCCUCGCGGGUGGUGAAGAAGGCGGUAGAGAAGGCGCGUGUCAAGCGUUCGUACGAGGGGCAGAUAGCAGAGGCGCGCGAGCGGCUGCGCGCCGAGGCGGAGGAGAAGGCGUCUGUCGAGGCGGAGAAGGCGCGGGGCCGAGACACCCUCUCCCUUGCUCGCCCGCCACGCCCUCGCCACGCCGCGCGACUCGAGUCGGAGCGCGCGCAGCUCGAGGGCAAGGCGAGCAACCUCGAGGAGGCGCUCAAGGCGCAAAAGACGGAGCACGCAAAGGAGCUCUCGCAGCUGCUCGACGGGCAGGAGAAGGAGCUCAUUACGUUGCGAGAGCAGGCGCUGACUCUCCCCGAGCCGCUUCAGAGACACAUCCUCUGCGACACGUCCGAUCGGACGCUCUCUGAAACCGGCUCGCACCGCACGUCGCAAGCCCUCGACGCGACCAAGGCGGCGCUCGCCGCUGAGGGAGAGCGGCGCGGCGCCGAGGAGAGGAGGGCGGAGGGGCUCGCGCUGCAGCUCAACAUGGAGCGCGCGUCCCACCAAAAGACAGGGCGCGCGCUCGAGGAAGAGCGCGCCGCCGCCGCGAGCGCGCGGAAGCAGCUCUCGGCGGCGCAGCAGCAGCCGCGCGACGGCCCCAGCGCCGACGUUGGUCGGGCGGAGGUGAGCAAGGAGGCGGCGCGGCAGUACGAGGAGAAGCUGGAGGCGCUGCAGGCGGACGCGGACGUGUCCACGGCGCAGGCGCGGGAGACGCAGGCCAAGUCGAAGCUCGCCCACGCGACGGCGGAGCGGCAAAAGGACAAGGCGAAGCUCGACCGCACCCUCGACUCGCUGCGGAUGAAGCGCCACACGACACCACACACAGACACGACACACGCGCGCUUCCACAUCCUCCCUUCCUUCUUGAUACGCCAGGGCGAGGUGCUCAAGCGCGACCAGUGGCUAAAGAAGGCGAAGGACAUCAUCACCGAGUACCAGAAGCGCACCCUCACCAUGAUGCAGCCCGGUCAGCCCGCCGUCGACCCCCCCUCCUCGCCCUACCGGAACCAGACGCCACGCCAGACGCCUCGGUGA